CCUGCACGCUGGCACUACUGGCAGACCCAGAGUCAGAGCAUUACGCUCCGACUUGCUUGUUCGGCUCCGAUGCUGCGCCUUUUGGCUUACACGCAGCAAAGCCGCGCAGCGUUCCACGUCCGUGGGUUUGGGUCUAUUCCUGAAACGUUUGUGUCGCGUAGGGUGUUGGGGGGGGGGGGAAACCGCACGUGCAUUUUUAUUUUAAGGUAGAUUCGUAAGCGAAUAACAUUGAUAAAGUACGGCCAACAUGGACGGACUUUUGUGUGGAAAGCAGAAAAGUAAAAAAGUCGCAGAGCUCCAGGAAGAGGCGAUGAAAUCAACUGGCUCAGCGCUCUCACCAACAAGCGAGGAAAUCAGCCAAGAGGGCGCCCGACUCGAAGAGAAUGAGGAGCGUAGCAUCAUCAAUCCACAACACAAAGAUGACCCAAAGCUGCAGGAACUGAUCAAGGUUCUCAAGGACUGGAUCAACGACGUCCUGGUCGAGGACCGCAUCAUCGUCAAAGACCUGGAGGACGACCUCUACGAUGGGCAAGUCCUGCAAAAGCUGCUCGAGGCCCUGGAGCACAGGAAGCUGAACGUGGCCGAGGUGACGCAGUGCGAGAUCACGCAGAAGCAGAAGCUGCACACGGUGCUGCAGGCCGUCAACCAGACACUCAAGCCCCAGCAGUGGGGGGGCGUCAGGUGGUCUGUCGAGCUGAUUCACUCGAAGCACGUGGUCGCUAUCCUGCACCUGCUGGUCGCGCUCGCAAUCCACUUCCGCGCCCCCAUUCACCUGCCAGACCACGUGACGGUGCAGCUGGUCGUCGUCCAGAAACGUGGAGGGAAAGUGCUCGUGCAGAAAUCCCAGGAGGUUAUAACGACCACCAUGGAAUCGAUGGCCGGUCACUUUGAGCGCGACGCUUUCGAUACCUUGUUCGACCACGCUCCGGACAAACUCAACGUCGUGAAAAAGUCUCUCAUCACCUUUGUGAACAAACAUCUGAGCAAGCUGAACCUGGAGGUCACGGAACUAGAGACCCAGUUUGCGGAUGGCGUGUACCUGGUGCUGCUCAUGGGCCUGGUUGAAGGUUACUUUGUACCCCUUUACAACUUCUUCCUCACCCCAGACGGCUUUGAGCAGAAGGUGCACAAUGUCUCCUUCUCCUUCGAGCUGAUGCAAGACGGGGGACUGUGUAGGCCCAAGGCUCGACCAGAAGAUAUUGUAAACUUUGACCUGAAGUCCACACUGAGGGUUCUGUACAAUCUCUUCACCAAGUACAAGCACCUAGAAUGAAGGCAUCCGUUUAUCAGUUAUAUCUGUGACCAGGUAAGAAAUGAAGGAUGCAUGUGUACUGUAUAUCAGGUAAAUAUUUUAUAAGCGAAACCGAAAAUUGCACCCAGCACCUCAGGCAAUUAAUGCAGCCUGCUCAUUUUUUGGGAAUGUUCGUGACAACAACAACAAUAAAUUACAGCCCUUUGCCAAUCGUCAAUUCACUGCUGGAUGAUUUCCUCCCCGUGAUGUGUCAUUUGUUGUGGGCGUUGAUUGAACACACAGCACCACGCUGGUCAGACCGGAUUGGAGACGCCGUGCAGGCCCCAGCACCGACUAAGAUAUCACGUGCCACUGAUGUCAGCCAUGGAGAGGACUUGAACUCAGGAAGCCGGUUUCAGUGCACACUGCGCUAACAACUGCGCGCCAUCACUCCCCCUAAUUCAGGAUUAAAUGCGCAAAUAUCGUAUUUCUAAAAAUAUAUAUUUUGUGUGUGUACAUAAAAUAUAGAAUAAAACUAGUUUCUAUUUUCUUGGUUCUUUCGGUAAAGCCACGUAGAAGGGAAACAAUAAAAUGAAAGGGAAACAAUAAAA